AUGACAGAGAUGGAGAAGUCCAUCUACGCCACAUCUCGUCACCCGUUGGCUCGUCGCUUAAAAGCCAGGCAUUUGCAGAUGAUCGCCAUUGGUGGUUCCAUUGGCACUGGGCUCUUUGUCGGUUCGGGCUACGCCUUGGCAAUGGGUGGGCCUGCUGGUGUUCUUCUUGCGUACGUGUUGGUGGGCUACUCGCUUUUCGCUGUGGUGAUGGCGUUGGGCGAGAUGUCGGUACAAUUCCCGGUGUCGGGUUCGUUCAACGCUUUCUUCUCUCGGUUCGUCGACCCGGCGUGGGGGUUCACCUUGGGUCUCUUGUACUCGAUCUCGUGGUUGGUGUCGUUUCCCUCCGAGUUAGUGGCUUGCUCCUUGACCAUCAGCUACUGGAACGACAGGAUCAACCCGGCGGUGUGGGUGGCCAUUUUUCUAGUGGUGAUCAGUUCCAUCAACUUGUUUGGCGUCAAGGGCUACGGUGAGGUGGAGUUCACUCUUUCUAUAAUCAAGGUGCUUGCUGUUGUUGGCUUUAUCAUUGCUGGUAUUUGUAUCAUUUGCGGUGUGGGCGACCAGGGCUACAUUGGUGGCCGUUACUGGCAUAAUCCGGGCGCUUUCAACCACGGCUUCAAAGGUGUGUGCUCUGCGUUCAUCUCGGCUGCCUUCUCCUUUGGAGGUGUGGAGCUUGUGGCGUUGGCGGCGUCUGAAACAGCCAACCCUCGUAAAGCCUUGCCCAGAGCGACAAAACAGGUUUUCUGGAGAAUCUCCCUUUUCUACGUCACCACCGCCGUGGUAAUCGGCUGUCUUGUCCCCUACACCGACGAGCGUUUGCUCAAUGGCUCUUCCAGUGAAGAUAUCACCGCGUCGCCUUUUGUCAUUGCCAUCAACAACGGCGGCAUCAACGUUUUGCCUGAUAUCAUGAACGCUGUGAUCUUGGUCGCCGUGGUGUCGGUGGGCUCUUCCUCGGUCUACGGUUGCUCUCGUUCCUUGGCUUCUUUGGCUGUGCAAGGUUUGCUUCCAAAGUGUAUUGGCUAUAUCGACAGAAACGGUAGACCCUUGGUGGCCAUUCUCAUUACCAAUGCUUUUGGCCUCUUGGGCUUCCUUGCGUCUUCAGAAAACCAAGGUGAAGUCUUCACAUGGUUCUUCUCAGUGUGCUCGUUGGCUGCUUUCUUCACUUGGAUUGCUAUUUGCUUCACUCACUUGCGCUUCAGAUGGGCUCUUAAUGCCCAAGGAAGAACCACCGAUGAGGUGAUCUUUGUGUCUCCAUUGGGCAUCUGGGGUUCUCUCCUUGGUAUGAUCAUCUUGAUUUUGAUUGUCAUUGGCGAAAUCUGGGUCUCCAUCUGGCCCAUCGGCUCUCCAGCGGACGCUGAGCAGUUCUUCAAGAACUGUCUUUCGAUGCCGGUGAUCAUUGUUUUGUGUCUUGGUUUCAAGGCAUACAAGGGAACAUUGAACCAGUGGCUAAUACCCCUCGCAGAGAUCGACCUCGAUACUGGUCGCCGUGAGAUUGACGUUGAAGAGUUGAAACAAGAGAUCGCAGAGGACAGAGCCCGCCUCGCUUCAAAGAGCUUCUUGUAUCGUUUGUACAGAUUCUGGUGCUAA